AUGUGUACUCCCGCCACGAAGUGCCUUGGUGAACUCCUUGAUUUCUUGCCGCACCACCGUUUCACUAAGGUGCAGGAGGCAGUCAUCCCAGCCCUCUUUACGAACGAUCUCAACUGCCUUGUGGCCGCGCCAACUGGUAGCGGGAAGACCAUGUUGCUGGAGGUGGCGAUGCUGCGUCUCUUUCGCAGCGUUCUUGCCCCCGAACGUGGCGCCCACGCGCGGGUGACACACAAGGACGACGAGACCUGCAACCUUGCUAGACCGCUGCUGCAGCGCAAGCGUAAGGCGGUGUACAUCUGUCCUAUCAAGGCGCUCGCGAACGAGAAGUACGAGCAGUGGCGUGCUCAAUUCCCGUCCUUGACGGUUGCCAUUGAAACAGGAGACAAGCAGCAGCAACAGGUAAACCGGCAGGAGCGUUUGGGCCCCACUACGAUCACUGGCGGCGAUGGUCGAGGCAGCGAUGCAUUGGCGAACAUGGGCUGCGUCUCACAGGCUGACAUUCUCGUCACCACGCCGGAGCGGUGGGACAGCAUCACGCGGCGCUGGAAAGAGAAGGAGGUCAUGGCGAUUGUGAACUCAGUCGGUCUCCUGCUAUUGGACGAGGUGCACACGGUGCAGGAGGAGCGCGGCGCCGCCAUGGAAGCUAUCGUGAGCCGCGUCAAAAUAAUUCAAGCAUCUUCGACUUCCAUGCAUCAACGCUCAGCAGCAGAGGCGACGGUAACACGCAUCAUUGCAAUCAGUGGCACGCUGCCCAACAGUCGCGACCUGGCCGAGUGGCUGCAGGUGUCCCCAGAGAUGACGUUUACCUUUGCUCCUAGUGACCGCCCGGUUCCGCUGACAAUACGCGUCAUCGGCUAUGCGCACGACUCGCCAAACCCGUUUGCUUUCCAUCGCUUCCUCUCCUUCAAGAUAUUCGCCCUCAUGCAGCAGUUCAGCCAAGGAAGGCCGACGCUUGUGUUCUGUGCCUCGCGGAAGGAGACGGCAAGCUCAGCGCAGCGCAUCGUUGAAGACAUCCGCGAAGCCGCGACUCGCCAGGGGCGGCUCGCGCAGCUGCAACCUUCCGCAGAAGCUCAGCAGAUGGCGCAGCUAGCGAGUGACAAGCAGCUGCGCAGCUGCCUGAUGAUGGGCGUCGGCUUUCACCACGCCGCCAUGACAAUGGAGGAUCGGCAGCUCGUCGAGAGAAUGUUCCGUGAGCAGUACAUCGCCGUCAUAUGCACCACCACCACCCUCGCCUUGGGCGUGAACUUGCCGGCGCACCUCGUGCUUAUCAAGGGGACUACUUUUUUCUCCAGUGGGCAGUGCCAGGACAUGCCUGUCUCGGAGGUGAUGCAGAUGUGCGGGCGUGCCGGUCGGCCUGGCUUUGACACGCAUGGCAUGGCGCUGGUGCUCACCAUGCAGCGCAGUGUGCACCUCUAUGAGACGCUCGCGAGUGGCGCAGUGGCGCUAACUUGUGUCGAGAGUCACCUGCACCGCCACAUGAUCGAGCACGUCAACGCCGAGGUGGCGUUGCGCACGAUAUACAGCUUUCCCUCCGCCAUGGAGUGGGUCAAGACGACGCUCUUCUGGAUCCGCCUCCGCAAGUGUCCCGCGCACUACGGGCUAAAGUUCGUUAACCGAGCCGAAGAGCUGGAGUUCAACGCGGAGGCAUUCGUGGAAGCGUUGAUGGAGCGCGUGCUGCGCGUACUCAUGGAGGAAGGCUGCGUGCGUCUGAGUCACACCAACGCCCUGGUGCUCUCUUCGGCGAGAGAGACGGCCACGUCAGUUGCCGCAAGCGACAUGGAGGUGGUUAAGGACCCUUCUGCAGUCUUUGAGGCGACGCGCUUAGGAAGGGCGAUGUCUCGCAUGUACAUCCUGUUUGACACGGUUUGUACGCUAAACUCGAAGUUGAGGGACCGUGGCGCGCCGAGUACGAAUGGCGACGCACCCGAGGAGGACUCUGGCCCGGAUGCGUGUCCCGGCGCAGUGGACGUUAGAGAAAAGACAACGGCACAGGCCGUUGCUAUGAGUGUCGAAGAGGUGCCAGAGCAUUCGAGCGCGAAGAUGCACACUUCCCCAGAAGGUAUGCAGCCGCAGAGCAGUGCGACAGAUGCCCCCACGUGCUCGUCGAAGAGGCAGAUGAUGCCCUUCAACCUGCGGGAGGUUCUCCAGCUUCUUUGCAACUGCCAGGAGCUUGUUGAGGUUCGCCUCCGUCAGGGUGACCGCGGUCCACUGAACGAACUGAACAAGAGUGUGAAGUACCCGUUACACAGCGGGCGCCGCGGCGGACGGGAGGUCCGGGAGGAUUGGCAGAAGGCCUUUGUGCUAAUUCAGGCCCACAUCGAGCUUCUUUCCUUCGCGGAGGUGUCCUUGCGGAACGACUCUCUGCGCCUGUGGGCGGUGGUGCCUCGCGUGUCGCGCUUUCUGGAGGAGUACGCGUGGGCUGCCACUACCUCCUACAGUUUAGCCGUGCAUGCAAACGUGCUGGCGCGCUGCAUCGAGCGCCGUGUGUGGCCAGACGGGCUCGUGCUGCGCCAGCUCAAGCAUGUCAGCGACUCUGUGGCAAAGACCCUGCUGCGAAGCGGGUAUCGCGCCUUUGAAAGCCUUGGCAGUGUUGACGCGCGUCAGCUGGAGGUUCUUUGCAGUCGAUUGCCGCCCUUUGGCUCGCAGGUACUGAGUGAGGUACGACGUCUGCCAAGGAUAUCCCUGGACCUCAGCUCUACUGCUUCAGCGGCGGAGGCGGACGGCAUACACGAGCGACACCGUAUUGUGAGCGGAGUUGUGAAGCUGACGUUGUCUCAAUACGCAGAGGCGGCACCUGACGAAAAUGUCCUCGACGCAGAGCGGAGGCAGUCUUCGGUGGCUGCUUCUUCACGGACUCCACACGGGCAACCACAGCUGCUCAGCGGCAUGGCUGCGCCGGACUCAGCACGCGUGCUUCUGCUUGUCGGAAUCCCUAGCGAGGAUCGCGUACUGUUGAAAAGAUUUGUGCCGCUCUCUACCCUUGUGUCACCAAGCGCCGCACAGAGUACAGCGUUGGCAGUGGCAGCACCUGGUUGCUGUCCGGGGACACGCUGCUUUUCCUUUGUCUGUCCUCCAUCUUCGAGGAAUACAAGCCGGGGUGGCGGCAGAGGCAGACAUAUCGAAGCCCGGUGCCUGGUACUGCACGUCGUGGGGAUGGACACCGUGACGGUGUGGGAUGAAGUACUCGCCUCCGAUCGUGACGGUGCUGACGGCGAGGGCAUCCAAGGCGUAGCGCAGAGGCCCGUGCUCAACGCUUCCGUGCCAAUUCCCGCGCCAAAGGGCAUUGCGCUUCUUCCUCACAGGAGCGCUCCGCAGACAGAACUGUCCGUGCAAGUGGCCAUUGAGGCCCGCACCACGUUCAACGAGCUGUUGGAGGAUCUCAAGUACGUCACGGGCGUGGGGGAAACAAUGCAGCCUCAUCGUACAGGUCCCCGACAACCGCUAGCGUCGCGCAAACGCACUCGUAGCGGCAACGAUGCAUGCAUCACCGCACAGGACGGGCAAGAGACUCCGAGCAAAGAAGGACGAGACAGACAUGACAUCGUUGCCGCGACACUACCGCUCUCCGCAACAGCCAGCGCCACCUCCGUGCCAUCAGUUCCAGAUGUGUCAAAGCUGCGUAACGCAGAUGUUAAUGCCUCCACCGGUGCGGCGGCAGCUAAGCCGUCCCAAGAGCGCCCUGCUGCGGCUGGAUCGUCUCUCGACUCUGCGCAUUCCUCGCCUGAGCAUCGUGCCGGCCAGGCGGCGCUCUUAGAGGUACCCUUGCUUGACAAGAGCACUCCGCAGCACCUCAGAGACUUCCCGUCUAAAUCUGUGAUGGAAUCGCCAUCGUUGCGGAUGGAAACCACGGAGGACCUCGUCGCAUCAACGUCAUCCGCGGUGCACCAGGGGCCGACUCGAGUUCGUCUACAGCCGUGCACCUCGCCUCCAGCGUCCCGACCUCCCAAGACUGCCGGUGCCUCUCUCCGCGCCUGUUUUCCAACCUUGCAAAGAGAGAUGCCAUACCCUACUCCCCAGGUGACUCCUUUGAUGCCAAAGCACUCUCAGAGCUACUGUGGCAUACCCCCGUAUGUCACAGCGUCAGCUGAGGACCUCAGCCCACAACCUGUAAGCUGCACAACUCCGUGGAGCAGGCAGGGGCUGCAUUCGAUGGUGGCACGAACGCCACUUUCAUCCAGUCGCUUCGUGGUACGCGUGGCGUCACCACACGCUUCUUUUCACCCGCGGAGAGGUGAUGCCCACAGUAGCACGGAUCAACGGAGCAACGUACUGGGGCAGCAGGAGGCCUUGUACUACCCACUCGACUCUCGCCAGGCACCCUCAGACAUGCGCUACGCUGUCACUGGUAUGCAGGGUGAGUGGUGGCGGCCCAAUUGUGUGCAGGACCCGAGCUGGGUACAUGGUGCCCCUGCGCCAUCGCAUCAGUACCCCUAUUCCACGCCUCCCAUGAGGACUCGACUAGGCCACUACGAGUCGACUCAGACACAGCUGAACGGCGUUGGAUAUUUCCCAGCUCAGUGGGAGCACGCUGGUGCCCCUCCAGCGUCGCGAUUGGGGCUGCAACACCUGCCGUCAUUCUUUGCACCUCAACCACCAAUUCAAUUCGCCUCAGAGCCUCAGCAGAUGUGGCAGACGCGAUCCCAGCUGCCAAGCUACCCGCCUUCCCAGGAGCCCAGUGUAUCGCAGCUGCAUCCACCUUCUCCCUCGGAUCCCUACCCCCCUUCGAAAACACCACCCUGGCAUCGUCUACCGCCAUCGGCGGUUUACGCCCCUCUUGCGUGGCAUCCAUCCGCGCCUAUACAACCCAGGCCAGCACCCCCAUCGAUGCGGGCGCCAAUAACCCAACUACACCAGCCGCCACAUGUGGCCGUGAUGAGCAGCGAUCUUCAUGCGACAACAUCCCCCUCGGACAGAUUUGUGUACCGUGCAAACGCGUCGGUGGGAAGACUCGCGUCAGUGCCCACCAGCGGCAGUGGCGACUUCGCCCCGCAGGUUCGUCGACGGUCCUCCAUGGUGGUUCAGUCCUGGUGGCAGUGA